AUGUCUGCACGGGACCUUCGCGUUGGAUUGAUUGGCCUUGGCAACAUGGGGCUUGCAAUGGCCAUAAACCUACAGAAACACCGUGCUGCAAACGGUCUGUCGCCUAUCAGCAUCAACAACCGGACCAUUUCAAAGUGUGCUCAAGUCGAAGAGCUUGGCGCUGUUGCGCGCGACACUCCUGGCAGCGUUGCAGCCAACAGCGAUGUUGUGUUCCUCUCGCUCGUCAACGAUGCCGCAGUCAAAGACAUUGUGACACAGCUUCUGGAUUCGUUAAAGGAUGAUUCAUCGACUGAGCGCUUGCUCAUCGCUGACACAACAACCGUGCACCCGAGCACGACCCAGUGGGUACUGGAAGAAAUCUCACGCCGUCAGAGCGAGUACACGCGGCCCGUCAGUUUUGCACAGACGCCAGUGUGGGGCGCACCACCAGCAGCCAAGGCAGCGAUGCUUGUGUUUGUAACCAGCGGCGAAGCAGAGGGUGUUCUGGGUGAAAUCGCUGUCCCGGCUUUUGCCAGGGUCGCAAUCAGCUGCGGCACUGACCAGAUCAAGGCGGCGCGAUACAAAAUCCUUGGCAACUUUAUGAUCGCUUCUGUCAUUGAGUCGCUGGGUGAAGCGAUGGCGGUAGCUGAGGAGGCUGGAAUUGGGCGAGAGCUGUACUUUGAAUUCAUCAAGGAGGUGUUCCCGGUCCCACCAGUCAUGGGGUACGCUCUGAAGAUGGUGGCAGACAAUGGCGAGGCCAGCAAGACGCAGGUUGGAUUCAAUGUUCCAGGCGGCAUGAAGGAUGUCGGGUACGCUAUUGAUGUAGCUAGAGAGGCUGGUAUGCGCCUGCCGAUUGCAGAGCUUGCGUAUGAGCACCUCCAGUGGGUCAAGGACAAUGGCGGCGAGAAGUGGGACUGGUCUAGCUUGGCGUACGCUCUGCGCAAAGAGCACCAAAAGUAA